GGCGGCGUGCGGGGGCGUGGGGGCGGGGCGCGCCGUUGCAGUGGUGCCGCGUGGGGCUGGCGCGGCGCUUCCGGUCUGCUGCUGCUGCUGCUGCGGCGGCGGCGGCGGCGGCGGCGGCGAUUCGGCCAACGUGGUUUUGGUAUGAACAGGAUUCGGAUUCACGUCUUGCCAACGAAUCGGGGGAGGAUCACCCCAGUGCCCAGAUCGCAGGAGCCCCUUUCUUGUUCCUUCGCUCACCGCCCAUGCUCCCAACCGCGCCUGGAGGGGCAGGAGUUUUGCAUUAAGCAUAUUCUUGAAGACAAGAAUGCACCCUUCAAACAAUGUAGCUACAUCUCGACGAAGAAUGGCAAACGGUGUCCCAGCGCUGCCCCCAAGCCCGAGAAGAAAGAUGGGGUGUCUUUCUGUGCUGAACAUGCGCGAAGGAAUGCCCUAGCACUUCAUGCUCAAAUGAAGAGGAACAACCCAGGCCCUGUGGGUGAAACCCUCUUGUGUCAGCUGAGCUCAUAUGCUAAACCAGAGCUGGGCUCGCAGACCCCAGAGAGCAGUCGCAGUGAAGCUAGCCGGAUCCUGGAUGAAGACAGCUGGAGUGAUGGGGACCAGGAACCCAUUACUGUGGAUCAGACAUGGAGAGGUGACCCUGACAGUGAAGCUGAUAGCAUAGACAGUGAUCAAGAAGAUCCCCUAAAACAUGCUGGUGUCUACACAGCCGAAGAAGUGGCUCUUAUUAUGAGAGAAAAGCUAAUUCGUUUGCAGUCUCUGUACAUUGAUCAGUUUAAACGGCUCCAGCACUUACUCAAAGAGAAGAAGCGCCGUUACUUACACAGUCGGAAAGUGGAACAUGAAGCUCUAGGCAAUAGUCUCCUGACUGGCCCAGAGGGACUUUUAGCCAAAGAAAGAGAAAACUUAAAGCGACUAAAAUGUCUCAGGCGAUACCGUCAGCGCUAUGGCGUCGAAGCCUUACUCCACCGGCAGCUGAAGGAACGCAGAAUGCUGGCCACAGAAGGGGCUGCUCAGCAGGCUCACACCACUCGCUCCAGUCAGAGGUGCUUGGCAUUUGUGGAUGACGUCCGUUGCUCAAAUCAGUCUCUUCCAAUGACCAGACACUGCCUUACCCAUAUUUGCCAGGAUACAAAUCAGGUUCUCUUCAAAUGCUGCCAGGGAUCUGAAGAAGUACCCUGCAACAAACCAGUUCCUGUAAGCCUUUCUGAGGAUCCCUGCUGUCCACUGCAUUUCCAGUUGCCUCCUCAGAUGUAUAAGCCCGAGCAGGUACUGUCUGUGCCAGACGAUCUGGAAGCCGGCCCCAUGGAUCUGUACUUGAGUGCUGCCGCGCUUCAGCCCACUGAGAGUUUACCACUGGAGUUCAGUGAUGACUUGGACGUUGUAGGUGAUGGCAUGCCGUGCCCUCCAUCCCCCUUGCUUUUUGAUCCUUCGCUGACACUUGAAGAUCAUUCCGUCAGAGACAUUGCUGGAGGCCCAGGCCAGAUGCAGGUGGCUGGGGAUGGGUGCAGACCCCAGGGACCUCGGAAUUUAGAGAAAGCCUGUGCAUCAUUCCCUCAGCGUGGAUUGGCUGCUGCAAAUGGAAACCCAGAACCUACUUCCAUCAGUUGACAGUUCCUUCUGGAGAUUGUUUGACUUUGGUGGGCCUGAACUUUCCAUUCUUCAAACAAGUAUCUCUCUACUCAUCUCUCACUAAACAGGGACAACCCAGACUACAUUGUUGUUCUUCGGGGCUGUAGAGUGCUGUAACCAAACAUAAACCAAUUGUGAGGAAUGGAUCUUUAGUAUUUAAAAGUUAUGGAAUUCUUUGCAAGGAAGAGAGUGCCAUAGUCCCUGCCUUUGGGAUGGAAUGAAUAUUGGAGACUAUGCCUGAGAAAGAGACGGGUUUUGUGAUGUGAUUUCCUGCUGCUAGGCAGGGGCUGUGGUCAGGAAUGGCGCUCCUCAGGUGCUGGCUGUUCAGUGUCUGGCUAUCUGUAUCUAAAGACCUGUGUUUCAGCCUUUCCUCAGCUCCACAUAACUGGGCAAUAUAAACCCCUUUUCCUAGUGACUGACUGAAAAGCAGCUCGCAGGGCUGGGCUUUCCUUUAAUUAUCCUUGCUUUUAUUUAUGUAAAUGUCUGGUGGAUCCCCCAUGUAAAAUAUAGUAAAGUUAUUGUAUAUAGUUUCUAUUAAAUGUUAAAAUAUUAUGGAAA